GUACCCACUCUCAUAUAGCAAUAAAGAUCAGAGUGUGAGGAAAUAUUCUCUUUAAAUCUUUGCAUGGUAUCAAUGCAGGGGCGGAUAGAAAGAGAGAGAGAGAGAGAGAGGAUAGGGGAAGUUUUAACUCUAAACCCAUCCUCCUCUUCGAUCUGAUUUCCCUCCUCCCAUCGUCUUCUUCGAUCCGAUUUCCCUCCUCAAAUCUGUCCUUCACUUCGGCUGGAUCUGGUCUCGUCAGUCCCCCGUCGUCGCCUGUCGCUCGCCAUCUCCCUUUCCCUGACCAGAAGGUCGAGCUCGAGUGAACGUAGGUACCGCGGGGUGCGGCGGAGAUCCCCAGAUUUGCUCUUCUUCUGGCUGACGGCUGCUCUUCCUCCGGCUAAAGGCCGAAGAUCUCUCUAGAUCUGCUUCUCCUCCGGCUGACGGCUACUCUUCCUCCGACUGAAGGCUGAAGAUCUCCAGAUCCGCUCCUCCUCCGACUGACGGCUGCUGCUCCCUUCCCCCGGACCGGACGGUCGAGCUCGAGUGGAUGGAGAUACCGCGGGGUGCGGCGGACAUCCCCAGAUCUGCUCCUCCUUUGACUGACGGUUCCUCCUCCUCCGGCUGAGGGCUAUUUUUCUCCUUCGACAUCGCCGUCGAAGCCGUGAGGGCGUACGAUCACGCUAUCUUUCAGAUCCACGACUGUUCCGCUCCUUCGACAUCGCCAUCGAAGCCGUGAGGGCAUGCGACCACGCUGCCUUCUAGAUGCGCGGCUGCUCCUCCUCCGGCUGAAUUGCUUUAAUCGUAGGGAGUCCCCAAUCCUACGGUCGAUGGAUGUCUCUUUGCUCAAUACCAGGGAGUUUACCGUGGAUCGUAGUUCUUUGCUGGUUGGAUCACUAUUUUGACGUAAUAUCAGGCCUGUUUUUCUUUUUAAUUUUUGGCUUUUUUGUUAAAUUUGCUGCAUAAUUAUGGAAAACUCGAGCUCUUCUACUUCUCAUCUACAUCAGAGUCAAGAUGCCAUUUCACCUUAUUAUUUGACAUCUUCUGAUAAUCCUGAAACAAUUUUGGGUCUUGUUUGCUCAACGCAUUGAUCAGAAUUAUCCCACUUGGUGGCGGGCUAUGAUCACAGCAUUGCGUGCUAUGAUCUCUGUGGACAACCUUCUGAUGAUAGUUCUGAUCUUGAGCCAUGGAUGGAGUGUAAUGCCAUGGUUAUAUCGUGGCUUUUUAAUUCCUUGGCUCCUGAGCUACAUGAUAGUGUGGCUUACUUUGAGAAUGCAAGAGAUAUGUGGCUUGGUUCUCCCAAGGCAAUGCUCCACGAAUUCAUCAACUCAAGAGAGAGAUCGUCCUUUGCAGUCAAAAAGAACGAAGCAUUGCUGCUUACCAUACAAAGUUGAAAGAUUUUUGCGAAGAGCUUGCUACAUACUCUGUUGUGUCUCAAUGCUCGUGUGGAGUAGCAAGAGAUUUUGUCACUAAGCGAGACGAUGAAAAGGUCCAUCAGUUCCUUAUGGGACUUGAUGAUUGUUGUGGAGUGGUGCGAUCGCAAAUUCUCAGCACUGAACCCCUCUCUAGCCUUAAUAAGGCAUAUGCAUUGGUAUCCCGAGAGGAGAAGCAACAAAACUUGGUUUCUAAUCGAUCCUCUAUGACUGAUUCAACUGUCUUUGUUGUGAAGAAUUCUCGCAACAAUAAGCAAGUUUCUGCGAAAUCUGGAGGACAACGGCCCAAAUGUGAUAAUUGUGGUAAGUUGGGUCAUCGAAAAGAAACAUGUUUUGAACUCAUUGGUUAUCCUGCAGAUUGGAGGUCCAGGGGGAGAUCCUUGAAAGGGCGCACGAUUUCUGAUGCAACAGCUAACAACGCCUCCUUGGGUCCUCUUUCUUCAUCCACCGAAACACAUGAAUCAUCUCCCAUAAUUGGUUUCACACGGGAACAAUAUGAUCAGUUGAUGUCCAUUCUAUUCCUAAGUCUUCCACAGUUAACUUUGUUGGACCUAGCCGCGAAGAGGCUGAUUGGAAUGGGUGAGAUGAAAGGUGGCUUAUAUCGCUUCAAGAAAGUUUGCAUUCCUUUGGCCGCAGCUACCAUUUCUUCACCUAAUUUAUGGCAUCAGCAUUUUGGUCAUGUUUCUUUUGAUACAUUGUCUUUGAUUUCUCAAAUUCCUAAUUUAUCCUUGAGAAAUUUUAAUAAGUGCUGUGACAUUUGUCAUCAUGCAAAGCAAACAAGAAAUAUGUUUCCUCUGAGUUUUAAUAAAUCAAGUAGACCCUUUACUCUUAUUCAUUGUGAUAUUUGGGGGCUAUACAAAACUGCUUCACGGUCUGGAGGUCGAUUCUUCUUAACUUGA